UGAAAGACUCUUGCAAAAACACCGCUGCUCACAACCGUGUGGUUGCCUCUCUGUUGUCAUUUAAAACAACAGAACUGACUUUGGAUUUUUAGAUUUUUAACCUUCCAUCAUGUGUAAAGGACUUGCAACACUGCCUGCGACAUGCUUGAAAAGUGCCAAAGACAUCAAGCACAAAAUAAGCUUCUUACUCCAGAAGCCUGAACCUCAAGCAGCAGAUCAGAAGCAGAUGAAAGAAAAAUCAACCACGGCUGCUGCAAAAAGGGUGCCUAAUACAGCUGAGGUGGAGAAAUGGAAGGAGUCUUUCAGCCAUGUGCUGAACAGUGAAAUGGGUCGCACAGUCUUCACCAGCUUCCUAAAGUCGGAGUUCAGUGAGGAAAACAUGGACUUCUGGAUGGCUUGCGAGGACUACAAGAAGACUGCACCUACCAAGCUAGCAACCAGAGCCAAGCAGAUCUACCAGAAAUAUAUUGGUGCAGAUGCUCCUAAUGAGGUAAACUUAGAUGCAGCGACCAGAGAAAAAACAAGACAGAACGUCGAGAACGCCUGCCCUUCUUGUUUUGACGAUGCCCAGAAGAUGAUCUACACACUGAUGGCGAAAGACUCCUAUAGGCGCUUUCUCAAAUCCAAACUGAUCCAGGAUCUGUGCCAACAACAGAGCAACGCUGCUCGGGAGAAGAAAGAGAAGAGAAGCUGUGACAUGACUGACAGCAGUCAGGUGUUAGCUGGUGGUGCUUAGUCAGGACGAAAGAAGGAAAAGCUCGAAGCAGGUGCCAAAGACCGACAGUCAGUUAGGGCUGACACUGGGAAUGAUAGGUUUGCUGGGGUGUUCAGGGUUUCUAGAUAAGGAAGGAAGAAUGGUUUUGAAGAUGUCUGAUGAAGGUUCAUGUGAGGUAGUUUUUUUUUCUUCUGUUUUUGAUACUUGCUCUUUAUUUCUGGGCUUAUGUGGUCACUCUUGUAAAUAUUUAUAUAUUUCCCAUUUUUGCAUUCAUCAGGUGAAAUGUUCUACAGACUGACUGGAUGUUUAAUAUUUCCAUGCACACGGGAACAGAGAAUGUAAAUACAUCAUUGCAUUGUGACGUUUUCCUUCUGGAUUAAUUGCAAAACACAAUCUGAUCUCCAAGCUGUGACCAGGUUAUCUUGAUACUUAGAACAGAAAACUAUUGAAAGCUACCUCCAGCCAACAGACACACAAACUGGUGCCACUGGAACAUUUUCUCAAUGGAACGGCACAGAUUACUAGUUUAGCUAUGUACAGACCUGAAUAUUUAAAUUAAUACAUCAAGCACUUUUUAAAUAAUGCCCCAAUUCCCUUGUGUAUAGGAGUAGAGUCUCCAAGUUUAAAUGUUGUACAAUUUUAUACAAUUAUAAAUAUAAAGUAAUAAUUGACCCUGGUACAGCUGGAACAACAACGUACCACGUAUACUGUAUUGAUUGGCUUUGCAGUUAGUUUUAGGUGUCACAACAUGGUCACAGAUUGGUUAUUUUCCAUCGUGUUGACUUAUGGCCUCACAAUUUAGUGGUAAUGGAAAAAAGCUUUAUAUAGUCAUUUGAAGUUCCAACUCACUAUUUAAUACCAUAUGUUUGUACAACAGCCCAUGGUUGACACUGAUGUCUGUUUAUUCAAGUGAGUAAAACCCGGUGUAUAUCUCAACACUUUAUCAUGGUAACAGCUGCCUCUGCUGUUUAAACAUCCUGACAUGAUCUCUGCACUGUGAAAACACCGACUGACUAGUUCUCGUGGGAAUUUUAGGCAUGUUUUAAUAUUAGUAGAAGUAGUAAUUGUCAUAGAGUCUGUUAAAUGGAGUAGGAUAUAUUUUUAAAGCAUUUAGAAGUUGCGCUGUUUGGUUUCAGUGUUUAAUGAUGCCAUUCGUGCACAGUAUUUGAUCAUGUGUUCAUUUUAACUGACCAAAUUUUUGGUGGCCACACAUUCUACAAUGUCUUAUCUAAAUGUAUACUGUGAUGAUAAAAAACUACAUAUUAUAUGUAAAAGAACAUGUGUCAUUGUCCUAUUUCUGUAUAUGGCUACUCCCAAAUAAAACCCUGUGCUUAAUGAUGAAAAUCUGUGGUUGUAUUCACAUUUUUGUUUUUUGUGAGCUUUGGUGAUGCCACUCGUGGAAAGUGUUGUGGAGUUGUACUAGCUUGCAGAUGCUCUUUUAAAAUGUGAAGCUGAGAGAAGGUGGCAGUCAAAAUAAUAGCUGUCCUCUGUACCUACUAGCUGACUAACACAAGUGGUGAAAUUCUCCUGUAACUAUAGGUA